UGAAGCACUCCACAUUUUUAAGAAUCAUUUUUCAUUUGUUGCUGGUAAUGGGUGUCACCCUGCCUCCUUUAUCAGCACAAAACUACUGUGAUCCGGAUCUGUGUUCAACUGGCAGACAUGUAGCCUGUCAAAAUAGUGGCCGAUUUGUAAGUGGCUGCAGUGGCGAGUUUGUUCGGGUGAACGAUCACAUCCAACUUAUCCUACAGUUACAUAAUGAGCGUCGCAACCUUAUUUCUGGAGGAGGAUUAAGUGGAUUUACCAGCGCCGUUCGUAUGGGCACAAUGAGCUGGGACCAGACAUUGUCUGAACUAGCUGCAUACAACGCUCUACAAUGUCGCAUGGCCCAUGACGAGUGUCGCAAUACAAAUACAUAUAAGUUUGCCGGCCAGAAUCUUAGCAUCCUCUUCACACGCAAUAUUGAUAUCGCAAAUUUUUUGCGUCAACGAAUUUCUUCAUGGUUUGAAGAAAACCGAGACGCAACUAGUGCAGAUAUAGAAAACUAUCAGAUGCGUGGCGGGCCAACCAUCGGACACUUUACCACCAUGGUAAAUGAACGUAAUAACCGAAUAGGUUGUGCUAUUCUCAGAUUCACUGACAACAGAAACGUACAAGCCACUUUAUUAGUCUGUAACUAUGCUGUUACAAACGUUAUUAACAAUCCCGUAUACAGAGGCGGCAGUCCGGCUUCGGAAUGUGUAUCAGGUCGAAAUUCGGUUUUCCAAAACCUUUGCUCAUCAAAUGAAGUUUACAACUACAAUCAGUGGUCGUGAUGGUCUAAAUUCUAUACCUUGGGUCUUUGAGCUUAUUUUUAAUUAAUAGCCACCUAAUAAUAAGUUUAUGAAAAAUGUUUCAUGUUUUCGUUUUUGUUUCAGUGUAAUCUAGACUUUUAGUGUAUAAUUAUAAUUAUUCAACAUUAUGUGUA